CUGCGAACUCAAAGUACCCCGGGUUCCUUGUCGCCGGAGCUGAGUCCAGGUGGUGACGGAGUUGAUGUUGCUAUGGAUGAUGCGCCUUCGUCGCCUGAUUUGAGCCCAGUCGCUCGGGUGGGUUUUGUUGUGGAUGAAGAGCAGUCGCCAAAUGUGAAUCCAGGCAGCCUGGGCGACUCCAUCGUAAAUUAUCAGCGGCCCAAACCAUCUCGGUCUCGACGCCAGUCGCGCGGCGAAUCGCAGGGCAAAUCGCAGGGCAAAUCGCAGGGCAAAUCGCAGGGCAAAUCGCGCAAGAGAACUUACUCCCCCUCGGCGGACGACAGGUUCGACUCGCCUUCGGACAGCGAGAAUGACGAGAGUCUGGAUGAGUUCGAAAUGCAUCGCAUCAAGCCCAACGAGACGACAGGGAUUGUGUUUGACUUCUCGUCCGAAAGAGCGGCGCGCUGGGCAAUGGCCAUCAACCUGCCCGAAGGCCUCUACAAUAGUGAAGAGCAGGACCUUUUCUUCCGGCUCGCGAUGCGGGGCUUUGAGCCUCUCGUUCCCCAGCUCUGGCGGCACGACUUUCCGACGCUGCCGGAAUCGUUGUAUCCACCGACCUCGGGCCCGUCGUUCAGACCUCUGUUUCAGGUUCGCAGAAGCUCCAAUCUGUAUGCCACCAAAGCCUUAGCCAACCUAUUCAAUGUCGGGGGCCGCGUCCGGGACUGCGACAUCCUGGGCCGAAGACCCGAGAAAGUGAUCAAGGCAGCCAUCAAGCAGUACUUCCUCUGGGCGCUGUUCGAUGCCGAUCUCCACACCACCGAAGAUUCGAUCCCCGUGUAUGCGGUCUACGCCCAGAAGGAAGGCGAGACGACGCUUCAGGCCGUGCGGCGACUCAACCAACGCCUGCGCUAUCUGACCUCGAAGUACCACGAGGUUCUCGGGAUGACCCAGGAGGGGCCGACGCAGGCUGGGGAGCCGACGCAGACGGGGGAUCCGGUGCAGAGCGAGGAGACGGAGCAUCAGGAACAAAUCCACGACUCCAUCGAGACCCCCCGCAGCUUCCCGCUCCUCAUGGGUUUCAUCAUCUGUGGUCCGAUUGUCGCGAUCGUGACGCACAGUACGGAUCCCCAGGAGGCCGAAGCCAGCUUCGAUGGCAAGUUCAUCUCGCAGUUCGACCUGUCGGAGCGGGGGCAGGAUGUGUGGAACUCGCUGGCUAUUGCGAUUGCGGUGAUGCAUACGCGACGGACGAUGAUUCGGUUGGCGGAGAAGGGACUGGGCGGAUUUACGUUCUACGAUACUGCGCAGCCGGCGCCGGAUAGGGAUCUGUAGUUUGCAUUUGCUAUUUAGGGUAUGAUGCUCAAGGAUUGUUUGCGCACUCAGGUGGUAUUCUGAGGAAGUCUUCACUCUUCUACAUGUGUUAUUCCUGGGUUUUCGUGCUUUCUCUGGGAGACGAGUUGUUCUUUGAUGUUUAUUUCGGCUGUAUCUUUAGGGGUUUUCUAUCUAGGGCUUCGCACAUUAUAUAUCCAUGGGGAG